AUGAAUUCAGAUGUGAGCCCCAUUAGAGUGCUUUUUUUAAAUCAUAAACCGCAGUGUACGCAGCACACACCAGAUACAAAUUCACCAAAGAUACAUAGAUAUACUAACUUACCAAUUAAGCUUACUUGCGAACACAUUCAUAGUGCAAAAAAUCAUUUUGAUAUAAGGCAGGAUAAUCCUACUUGUCAAUUGGGAGAUUCCAUUGACCGAAAUGAUCAACCCGAUGCGGUUUCGGACAGCAUGCGUCCAAUCACAAAUGAUUUUAGUCAUUCUUUGACGUCAUUGUUUCAGGACGAGAGGGGUAUUUCCCGCCCUGGGGGAUAUCAACAGGGGUGGAGUCACUGUUCCCCUACUGCCUCUCGCAGCUCUCCAAAGGCUGCUCUGCACGCAGCCUUAAGGGAGGCCAAAGGCAUCGCCACCUUGUUAGGGAUCUCACCUCCUCAGGCACAGAUAAGCGCUGUCCACCACGCAGAUCCGUCUCCCUGCACGAGUGGCCUUUUCUCUUCAAGUGGGGAGUUCCGCGGUGCGGAGCCUAUGGACCACCCUGAAAGCUUCAGGGAAGAAAUCUCUGCGGAUGCCAUUCAAGUCAAGGUUUCUUGUUCGAAGCUCACCAGUCCGCCGCGAAGGAUGGCCCCAGUUCGCGAGACUGCUUAUUUCUCCAACGGCGACAUCGCGUUGGGCUUAUUGGACUCUUUGUUUCCACAGACUGGAGAGCUUCAUCAUGAAAAGUAUCCGAAAACCAAAAACGAUGGCAUGGAUGCAGGUUCUGAAAUGAAGGCCAUGACCGAGAGCUUUAGCCGACCCUCCCCUGCCGUGGGGGGUUCUCCGGAAAGCGGUGUUUCUAAUCCAUGCAUGGAUCUACGGGAAUACUUGGGAUAUCUGCCUUUCUCCGAACUUCAGAAAGAACCAUGCCAUCGUGAAGUGGUAGAGAAUAAUCUACGUGCUUUAAGCACUUCCCUUGGGGUUGUGGGGAGAAUGUGUGGUUAUCAUGAUGCUGCACCAUGGAUGCGCUCCGCACACCACGACAGGACCUGUCUUCCUUGUACGCCCGAACUGCACCCGCGGUGUUCUCAAGCAUCCAAAAUAUCCCUAACUGAGGAUUCCAACCCUCGGGAGAAUAUUGGAGGCACAGCCGAACAUGCGGACCUGCUAACAUUGUUAUUUUCACAGCAAAUACAUCAGUCUAUGGAAAUGGGGGCGAUUAUCGAGCCAAUCAUCCCUCAACUGACCGAAACCGAGGUGGAAGUGCGUGAAGAAACGACAGAAAUGGCGGGUCAAAAGAUGCAAAGUGAGAAUACCGAUGUGGUCCUGCCUAUUUUUGAAUCCCCUUCUCACAUCUAUCCUAAACGUGAUGGGGAUAGUGAUGGGAGUUGUGCGGAUGAAGGCAACCCGAGCGCGGCCAUUUCUUUACAUGGCAGCUCACACAAUGACAUUCGGUGCUGUACUGUUCAGAGUAUUGUGAUUGAGACCGUCUCGGAAGGCAUUUCAAACGCCAAUAUCACACACCCAGGAGCUUCCAGAGAACAUUCAGCGGAUGCACUUCUACAGGAUUCGCGAGCAUCCUGUGGACAACUGACCCCUUUACAGUCAGCUUCUUUUCAUACCCGUUCCCAUUCGUCAGCGUCCGACUUCUCCUCGACCGUUCCUAUCUCUGUGAAGUUUAGAGGCUUGGACGAGACCGCUUCCUUGUACACGCUGCCCUCUUUGGAUUCUUCGCAGUCAACGCACCCCAAACCACUUCAGGGAAGGUUGAUAUCCUACGAAACGGAAGAAGCUCAGGUAAAAAGCCACACCCCAUCAUCCCGUAUUCUUGAAAAGGGGAUUUUUUCACUCACCGCGGUCUGCGCCUCCACGACCACCUCUGAGGAGACGACGUCAACGCCUCUUUGCUCCCCGGAUUACUUUUACAACUUUCUCCCUUCAUCUUCUUUGGCCUUCUUUUCAUCUUCUUCACUUUCUAGUGUGGAAAGCGAUGCGGAGGCGCAGGAUAGGGGCCCCGCGUCGCGGCUCAUGACGUUAACGGGAAAAUUGUACCCCGGUGGAUCGUCCGAUAGGUCGAGCGGAGGCCAAGCGUCUUCAUCGCUGGCGGCACUUCAAAAACCUUACGGCGGAGUUGAGGGGGCGCGACCGACCGAUGCCGUUUUCCCUACGGAGGACGUUUUGACAGCGAGCAUGGUGGACAAAGAGGAGGAGGAAAAGGCCGGGUUGCCAUCAACCCUCCCUUUAUUAGCGUUUUCCAUCCCGUUCUCAGUGUCGGGUGGCCUUGCCGACCACUUGCAAGGGCUCCCGAGCGGGGCGCUAACCGCCAAGACGAAUUCCCGUGGGACGUCUGAUGGAGAUUUCCCCAGGGAAAGGUAUUUUCGUGAACUAAGUCUUGCCUCGAUGGAGCAGUCUGCAGACGGCAAAUCCCACCCAAACCAUAAGGACGGCGGAAUUCAGCUUCCAGGCGAUGCCGCUGAAGUGUUGGAAAGUGAGAGGAAAGACUACCAUCCCCCUUCGGUUGGGAUUGAAGGACAGGAAGGUUCUGUGUUGCUGGAUCCCUUGCCAGUUUUUGAGAAUUUACCCACUGCUCAGGCGAAUGGUGAAUACGAGGCGAUUCUUUCGAAUCGUGCGCCAGACGACGUCGAGGAGAAUGAGGGUGAUGGACGUGCGCGGCUUCCAUCAGAGAAAACCUUUGGUGUGCUUUGCAGGGCAUCGGUGCCCACCUCAGAGGGAUCCUCUCUAAAGGCUUUGGAGGUGGAUGUAGUGGGAAGAAGCCCGCCCCUCUCGGUCUCUUCAUCCUGUUUGGGUCAAAAGUUUGAUGUUGAGAGCCCCGGUGAGAUGUCUGGGAGCUCGAAGGGGGGUGAAUUAUACACAGGCGAAGGGGAGUUGAUUGGCGUCGACUCUGCAGCCUCCACGCCGCAGGAUAACGUCAAGGAGACGAGCAUCUCACACGAUUUCGCAGGAGAAUGUUCGAGCGAGAACAUUGAUAAUUUCAUUUCAGGUUCGGUGCCGCUAUCCCAACAAUUACCUAGAGAGCAGAGGGAGAGUUUGAGCAUCCAGGACAGUACCUCUUUGCCAAUAUCACAGAUAGCUUUUUCAACUUCGUGUGAGUUGCAUCGUGCGUUGGAAACCUCACGCGGAUUCCUUUUAUCGACGGAACAGCAGUUGAGCUCGCUCGUUGCCUCUGACGUAGGUUCCUACGUCAAAUUAUCUAUCGCAUCAGUCCCUGCAGAGACCUCUUUUCUUAGUGAAGGUCAAACCACUACUGAUGAGGGUGAUUUAUUACUCUCUUCGGGAAUCCCCAACAACGCGAUCAGCGUUGGCGAAGGGAAUACUCGAAGAGAGGCGAUAACGAGGAGCGAGGAAGAUGAAUUUCUUGGGCUGUAUAGUGAAGAGGGUGAUCAUGAAUGCUGCGGUGAUGCCUUUCACAAGUCGAUGCAUUCUUUUGAGUACUAUUCUAUUCUUCGUGAACACCGCCACUUCACUAUAACGGGAGCUAGACUCCGCGGCAUUAGCUCGAGCUACUUUGGCGCCUUUUAG